UUUGACUUAGGUCACUUUUGUUGUAAUAUGUUUUGAUUUAUGUCACUUUUGUUGUAACAAAUUUAACGAAACACUAACGAAUGAACUACGUAAGCCUUCCAACAUUUUGAAAAUUAUAAAUCUGUGUGAAGUAGUUUGAUAUGUAUUUCACAGAAAAUGUGUAACUUCUUAUCCUUACAUUAAACUUAGAUAUUGGGUGAGAACUUCAAGGCUUAUUAAAUGAGGAAAUCUAGAAUUAACUCACAGACAGUAAUUGGAAUAUUGAAGUUCCUUUUCUCGCUCUUCUUCAUAAUAUCUAUAGAGGCAACGGUAUGGAUAUCUCAAGUUGAACAGCUUUUAUUGUUAAGCAGGGUAUCGCUGCAAAUCAAGCAAAAUAUCCACCAGAAACAACGAAAUGUACUCUUAAAAUACCAGCACCUAGUGAAGAUCUUAAUGCUGAACUUGGUUCUCAACUGAAUGACUUGCUUUUGAGUUCGAUGAUUGAAGCCGAAAUAUCUACAACUGAGAAGAUUCAAACUGAUUCUAGCAAUCUCAGUGAUCAUAGAGGAUACGACUUGGUUUUAUAUGAUAAACAUUGUAAUACUACCAAUCACCAGCCUCAAGAUGCAGUAAUGCCUUUACCUCAAGAAAACUUCACGAUGGAGACCGUAACUCAAGAAUCUCUACGCCAAUUAUGUGAUGUUUAAUCGUAUUCAAUGGCGAAUAUAAC